AUGAGGCUGUUCAACAUCCUUGCCGCGGCCAGCGUCGCCAACGCCCAUACCAUCUUCGUCUCCCUAGAAGUAGACGGCCAAAACCUCGGCGUCUCCAACGGCGUACGCACCCCAACCUACGACGGCCCAAUCAUGGACGUAACCUCCCAGUCCCUGGCCUGCAACGGCGACCCCAACCCGACCAUGUCGACCAACACCGUCAUCGACGUCAAAGCAGGCUCCACAGUCACCGCCAUCUGGAGGCACACUCUGGAUUCCGGCCCGGAAAAUGUGAUGGAUCCCAGCCACGUUGGUCCCACCAUUGCCUACCUCAAGAAGGUAGACGAUGCCAAGACUGCUGCGGGUCCUGGGGAUGGCUGGUUCAAGAUCCAGGAGGACGGUUACCAGAACGGCGUUUGGGGAACUUCGAAAGUUAUACAGAAUGGCGGCAAGCAUGAGAUUAAGAUCCCCGACUGUAUCGAGGAUGGACAGUACCUUCUUCGUGCCGAGAUGAUUGCUCUGCAUGGCGCGGGCACUUAUCCGGGUGCCCAGUUUUAUAUGGAGUGUGCUCAGCUUAAUAUUGUUGGCGGCUCGGGGUCUGCUUCUCCUCAGACUCAUGCCAUUCCCGGCAUCUACUCAGGAUCCGAUCCCGGUGUUCAAAUCAGCGUCUACUAUCCUCCCGUGACAAACUAUAUCGUUCCCGGCCCCAGCCUGUUCACUUGCUAA